AUGGAGAGUUACGUUGUAAUAUCAUUUAUUGGCGAAGGAUCUUUCGGCCGUGUUUUCAAAGCUAAACACAAGGAGACCGAUGCUAUAGUAGCACUAAAAGUUAUAAGAAAGAAAGGGCGAUCCUUAAAAGAUUUGAAGAAUCUCAGACAAGAGUGUGACAUACAGAGACAGUUAAAACAUCCAAACAUAAUUCGUAUGAUUGAUAGUUUUGAUACCGAAUCGGAGUUAGUUGUAGUGACAGAGUAUGCAGAAAAAGAGUUGCAUAGUAUAUUGGCUAAAGAAGGAUGUUUGAAUGAAGUUCAAGUGAAGAAAAUAACUUGGGAUCUAGUGUCAGCACUGUAUUAUUUGCAUUCACAUAGAGUGCUACACAGGGAUUUAAAGCCACAGAAUGUGUUGUUGGAUAGCUCUGGAUGUGCCAAACUGUGUGACUUUGGCCUGGCUAGAAUUAUGACAAAUGCAACACACAUUCUCACAUCUAUUAAAGGUACCCCAUUGUAUAUGGCACCAGAGUUAAUAGAGGAAAAGCCAUAUGAUCAUCAGGCUGACUUAUGGUCCCUCGGCUGCAUAGUAUAUGAACUGAUAGCGGGCCAGCCACCGUUCUGUACAAUGUCUAUAUGGCAGUUGGUGAGGAUGAUAAGGCACAAACCUGUACAGUGGCCUAGCUUCAUAAGUACUGAAGCCAGAUCAUUUCUGCAGGGUCUACUGCACAAAGAUCCAAUGAAAAGAAUGACCUGGCCUGAGAUACUAGAACAUCCAUUUGUUGCGGACCAUGUGACCAUACUCCCUGAAGAUGUACAAAGUGAAUCUCCAUUUACAAAACCAUUGACUCACAGUCAGCAAGAGGCUAAACAACUUCAGAGAGAAAAAGUCAGCAACAACACUAGGACUAUACCAGAAACAAAAGUUGAAACCAAAGAGCAUGACUUGCGCAAUGUACGAGUUAUGCAAGCAAUGGAAUGUGUACCAAUGUCUGAUGACGAUAGUGUCAGAGCUACCAGCGCGUUUAGUGUUAGAGAUAGUCUCAAAACUGAUGAUGAAGACCAAUCACAUCCCAUCACUGCUGCUAAUGCAAAACUACUCAGACACGAAUAUAAUGUACUUAAUAAUUCAAAUCUUGUUGUGUGUAACUUAGAAAAUAAUAUGGCGCAGCUUAUGGCAGCCAAUAAAAAACAAACAGACCGUAAUAAAAUGGAUAAAAUUGAUGAAGAAAAACCUCACAGUGAUAAAGAUAAGCCUGCUGAUGAAAUACAAUGUUCGAAUACUAGUACUCCAAGUAAACAAGCCAUUUUAGAAAUAAAACAAAAGGCGAAGUCUGUAGAUACUGCAUCACACAGUUUAGAGAAUCCUAAAAGUUCCACAAAAUGUAGCAGUGAUGUUAGUUCUGGUCUCAGUAAAAGUGUUCCACCUUCUUACAAACAAAAGUUUUUACAAUUUUCAAGAGAUAAACUCCGAUUUGGCAGUGGAGGAAAUAAAUUAACAAGAAGUAUCAAAAGGUCAUUUCAUUUUAGUACAAGUUGGGAUAAGAGUAAAAAUGAAACUCAAAGAAGAACUAGUGAACCUACUAUUGAAGUGCCAAGUCUUAUAGAUGAUAAAGAAAAAGGUUCCAAAGAAGAAAAAGACAAAGACAUUGAAAAAUGCGAAGUUAUAGAGGAGACGUCUGACGAUAAAGAAGUUGCAGACAAUGACAGGAUUCUCAGAUCUGAAGAUAAAAGUGAUGUCAAGGAACCCUCAUCAAUUGAAUUGGAAGAAUGGGAAGCAUUCCUCAACUCUAACAUUAGUGAAGUUAUGGAUGGUGAUGUGGAAUCUCUCACUCAACUGAAUAUGGUGAGCAUGGUGAUAGGUGUGGUGGGGAGUGCGGCGCGGGCGCGCGGCGGCGGGCGCGUGUGCGGCGCCGUGGCGGCGCUGCUGGCGCUGCCGGCGCUUGCGCACGCGCUGCCCCGACACACGCUGCUCAACAUACAAGACGUGUAUCUCGAAGCAAAAGUUGUGUACAAUUUCGUGGCAGCAAUCAAUACACUCAUGAAAGAUAGCACAGAUAAUGACGACGGAGCACAGGAGAGAGUGCAGGGCGUGGGGCGCAUGGUGGAGGUGUGCGCGUGGCUGUGCGUGCGCUCGUGCCGCGCCGUGCGCCAGCUCGCGGCGGCGCUCAGCGCCUACAGCGCCUGCCCCGUCUUCACGCACUUCUUGUCGCAUUAUUCGAAGUCGCCACGUAUUGUACUGAACAUCGUUGGACUCCUCAUAUCCGUACUUCAAGACUUACCUGAACACGCAGACGUAGUUGAAAAAAUACUUUUUGAAGAUGAAAACUUCAAUUUUAUGACUUUAUUAGAACAGCCCAGCGAUGCGUUGAGAAUGAGAGUCUGUAUUCUCAUUAGUUUAUUGUGUACGUUCUCUUGCACGGCAUUUUCUGUUGCCAUGAGUUCUAAAUGGAGUAAGAAAGAGUCUGGUUACUUGGAAGCAUUGCAUACGCAUUGUAACGUCACUUUAAAUAGAGCUGCGAGAUUAGCUACAAAAGAAUUGAGUAAUAUGCCUUUUUAUGUAAACUAG